AAGAACCACGUCGUACAACACAGUACUCACAAGUCACAACACUACUGUCUCUAUGUGUUGUGUUCUAUCAUCACUGUUAACAGUUUUCAAAACACAAGAUUCACUUCCCUUGACCACAUUCCACCAUGAAAAGCCAUCAACCCAAACACCUUAAAACUCAACUUUUCUCGUGCGGCUUCUUUCGACAGUGCGGCCAAACAGUCCUUAGUCCCACCGCCACAGGAACCAUCCCACAACCACCACAACCACCACAGCCACCACCACUCCCUCUCACUCACACUCACACUUCAACAACAUGCGAAUCUUCAACUUCCUCUUCUUCUAACUCCGCCACCUCCCAAAGCUUCACACAAUGGAGAUUCUCUCUUCCCACCCCUACACCCCCACCUACACCAAACCCACCCCCUCCCGUUACUACCACUCAUCAUCACCUUCCUUUCCUCUCCACCAUUCCCAAUCUUCAAGAACUCUUCCAUGUCUCCGACCUUCAACUCACCACUGACCUCAACGCUGCACUUCACCUUCUAGAACGUUCCCUCGUUCCCAACCCGCCUCAAGACCAACCACCAUGUCCUCCCAAUCUCAUGCGCGCAUUGAUUCACAAUCUACGCGAAUCCAAACCCGCCACCAAGAUUCUCUUCGCGCUUUGUCUCUCAGAAGCCAACCGUCGUGUCGCGGUUGAAGCCGGAGCAGUAGGCGCCGUCGUGGAGUCUGCUCCGGAGCUAGACGGUCCUCCUGCAGAAAGAGCUCUCGCUGCGUUGGAACUCAUGUGCACCAUACCGGAGGGUGCGGAGGAGGUGCGAGCUCACGCGCUUGCGGUUCCGGUCAUGGUUACCGUAAUGGGAAAAACGGGGGCGCGUGGGAAGGAGUAUGCUAUUGGAGUACUGGCUGUGAUUUAUGGCGGUGAUAUGGCGGAUCAACAGACGGCACCGCCGGAGGAAGUGGCGCGUGCGGUGGAGUUGGCACUUCAAGGAGAGUGUAGCGCUAGAGGAAAGAGAAAAGGGGGACAGCUUUUGAAGACACUGCAACACCUCUCUAACCCCCACUCGCAUGACACAAGUUGAGAUGGAGAGUGAAGUGCACUCGCGGUCAUUAAAUAAAUAAAUAAAUAAAUAAUGUAACUAUCUAGUGUCAAUUUCUUAGCAUCACCUUUUGUUCAGUUCUCUUCUCUGUCAUUGUCUCUCCAUGAUGUUUGUAAUUGUAUUUCGAAAGAGUACUUAUUAUGGCGAUUAUGAUUUGAUA